AUGGCAGACAUCCGAACAUUACUCCGGAACGAGCUCGCCACUCGCAAGGGCACCGCCCAAACAGGGAGUACAGCAAACCGCGUCACAAAAAAAAGAAAGGUGGACGUUGGCGACGAUUCGAUACGCAAAAAGAUAAAACCUGCUGGAAUGACAGCACAACAGGAAGCAUCACAAGCGAUACAACCCCCGAGCGCUCAAGAUCUCGAGGAAGACGCAGAGAAAGAAACCGCUGGCCCGGAACUUCCAUUAGGGCCGGAAGACGAGCAAGAAGCCGAAAACACGAACCAAGCCGAUGAGCAACCCUCCACAAACGAGCCUCAGACCGUUGAUGAAGACGAAUGGGCGGCCUUUGAACGCGAAGUUGCGGAACCGUCGCGCGCUCCGCGAGCACCCGCUGCCAUUGCCGCUCCAGCCACGAUAUCAGCAGCGCCAAUUUCUGCAGAGCAAAUUGCUGAACAGCAGGAAAAGGACAAGGACACUACGCAAACGCGCGAAGCUCAAGCAGAAGGUGAACGCGAGGACGCAGCACGGUUUAUGGAGGACGAAUUCGAUGAAAUGGAACAACUGGAGGAACGUGUGAGGCGACUGAAGCAAAAACGGGAGGAGCUCAGAGCUAAGCGGGCUUCGGAAGAAGCCGAGUCGGCGCCACCCCCUGCAACUGAGGCAGACGCGAAUGACGAGGACGACGACGAGGAGGAGGAGGACGACGAUGACGAUGACGAUUGGGAUGACUGGAGGUUUAAAUAA